AUGGGCAAGCUUAUAAAAAAGCGACCUGAAAUAACCAAUGAUUCUAUUGCAAAUAGAGAAAGCGAAACUAAUAGUAGAGAGGACCGGGUACCUGAAAUAAUCAAUAAUUCUAUUGAAAGGGUGUUUAAAAAUAAUAGUAGAGAGGACCAGGUACCUGAAAUAAUUGAGUUAUCAAGUAAUGAAGAGGACAAAAUACCUGAAAUAAUUGAUAUAUCAAGUGACGAAGAAAACUGGGCACCUGAAAACGAACAGACACUCAAAAUAAUUGUGUUAUUAAGUAUUUUAAGAGAACAAACUCCUGAAAUGGCUAUAAUGAACAGGUUUUGA